AUGUUUAUACAAUGUGUGGGUGUGGAUCACUUUUUUCACAAACUGGCCAAUGAGAAGCAUGAGGGCAUGGAGUCUCUCUUGAAAAUGCAAAACCAGCGUGCCGGCCAUGUCCUCUUCCUGGACAUGCAGAAGCCAUCUCAAGAUGAGUGGGGUAAAACCCAGGACACUAUGGAAGCCGCCCUUCUCGUAGAGAAGAACCUGAAUCAGGCCCUUUUGGAUCUGCAUGACCUGGGUUCUGCCCACGCAGACCCCCACAUCUGUGACUUCCUGGAGAACCACUUCCUAGAUGAGGAAGUGAAACUCAUCAAGAAAAUGGGUGACCACCUGACCAACCCUCAUAGGCUGGCUGGUCUCCAGGCUGGGUUGGGCGAGUAUCUCUUCGAAAGGCUCACCCUCAAGCACGACUAG